UGGUAUUUUCUGAAUGUAUUUAACAUGAAUGAAUUUGUCUUCUUUUACAAGGAAAAAUACAGAGGUGUAUUCCAGAGUUGACUGUUCAUGGCACAUACAGUUAAUGGGUGCUCAUUGGCACUUAUUUUUAUCAUCAUGUGGCUGUUAGUUAAAGCAAAAAUAGAUGUGUGCAAGAGAGGGGAUGUGACUGUGCAGCCUUCCCAUGUAAUAUCACUUGGGUCAGCUGUCAACAUUUCGUGCUCUUUGAAGACCAAACAAGGCUGCUUGCAAUUCUCCAGUUUUAACAAGUUAAUCCUCUACAAGUUUGACAGAAGAAUCUAUUUUCAGCAUGGUCACUCCCUCAGCUCGCAAGUCACAGGUCUUCCCCUGGGUACAACCCUGUUUGUCUGCAAACUGGCCUGUAGCAGUAAUGACGAGAUUCGAAUAUGUGGGGCAGAGAUCUCCGUUGGUGUUGUUCCAGAACAGCCUCAAAACUUAUCUUGUAUACAGAAGGGAGAACGUGGGACCGUGGGCUGCACCUGGGAUAGAGGACAAGACACCCACCUGUAUACUGCCUAUACUUUACAAUUAAAUGGACCAAAAAAUUUAACUUGGCAGAAGCAAUGUAAUGAUCACUAUUGUGAUCAUUUGGACCUUGGAAUUAACCUAACCCCUGAAUCACCUGAAUCUAGUUACACAGCCAAGGUUACUGCUAUCAAUAGUCUUGGGAGUGCUUCUUCAUUUCCAUCCUCAUUCACAUUGUUGGACAUAGUGAGGCCUCUUCCUCCGUGGGACAUCAGAAUCAAAUUUGUAAAUGCUUCCGUGAGCAGGUGUACCCUUCAGUGGAGAGAUGAGGGGCUGGUGCUGCUUAAUCGACUCAGAUAUCGGCCCAUUAACAGCAGGUCCUGGAAUAUGGUUAAUGCCACAAAUGCCAAAGGAAGACAUGAUUUGCUGGAUCUGAAACCCUUUACAGAAUAUGAAUUUCAGGUUUCCUCUAAGUUACAUCUUUAUAAAGGUAGUUGGAGUGAUUGGAGUGAAUCAUUGAGAACACAAACACCAGAAGAAGAGCCUACUGGAACAUUAGAUGUCUGGUACAUGAGACAGCACAUUGACUACAAUAGACAACACAUUUCUCUUUUCUGGAAGAAUCUGAGUCUAUCAGAGGCAAAAGGAAAAAUCCUCCACUAUCGAGUGACCUUGCAGGAGGUAGCAGGGGGGAAAGCCACAUUACAGAACACCACAGAACACACCUCCUGGACCUGGAUCAUUCCUAGAACUGGGAACUGGGCUGCGUCUGUGUCUGCAGCUAACUCGAAAGGCAGUUCCCUGCCCACUCAUAUUAACAUAACGGACCUGUGUGGGGCAGGGUUGCUGGCUCCUCAACAGGUCUCAGCAGACUCAGAGGGCGUGGACAACCUCGUGGUGACAUGGACACCUCCGGGGAAAGCUGCCGCUGCUGUGCAGGAGUAUGUGGUGGAAUGGAGGGAACUCCAUCCAGGGGCCAGGACGCAGCCCCCUCUAGGCUGGUUGCGGAGUCCCCCCCACAACCUGUCUGCUCUGAUUUCAGAAAACAUAAAACCCUACAUCUGUUAUGAAAUCCGCGUGCAUGCACUUUCAGGGGACCAGGGAGGAUGCAGCUCCAUCCGGGGUAACUCUAAGCACAAAGCACCACUGAGUGGCCCCCACAUUAAUGCCAUCUCAGAGGAAAAGGGGAGCAUUUUAAUUUCAUGGAGCGAAAUUCCAGCCCGGGAGCAAAUGGGCUGCAUCCUCCAUUACAGGAUAUAUUGGAAGGAACGGGACUUCGAUUCCCAGCCUCAGCUUUGUGAAAUUCCCUAUAGGGUCUCCCCAAAUUCACAUCCCAUAGACAGCCUGCGGCCCAGAGUGACAUACAUUCUAUGGAUGACAGCUCUGACAGCUGCUGGUGAAAGCCCCCAAGGAAAUGAAAGAGAAUUUUGUCUGCAAGGUAAAGACAGUUGGAGCACAUUUGUGGCACCAAGCAUUUGCAUGGGUGUCAUCAUGGUGGGCGUUUUCUCAGUGCGUUGCUUCCGGCAAAAGGUAUUUGUUCUCCUUUUGGCCCUCAGACCUCAGUGGUGUAGCAAAGAAAUUCCAGACCCAGCGAAUAGCACUUGGGCCAAGAAAUAUCCCAUUGUGGAGGAGAAGACGCAGCUGGCCUUGGAUAGACUCCUGACAGACUGGCCCACUCCCGAGGAACCUGAGCCCCUGGUCAUCAACAAAGUCCUUCACCAAAUGACCCCAGCCUUCAGACGUCCCCAUCACCCCAGCUGGCCAGGAAAGGGACAAGGAGUCCAAGGUCACUAUACCUCUGAGGAAGACACAGGAUACAGUGCCUCGAGCCCCCCACCUCCGAGAGCUCUCACAGCAGAGACAGGACAAGGGGUGGAUCUGUACAAGGUGCUGGGAAGCAAGGGCCCCGACUCAACGCCGGGAAACCCAGCCAGCCCCUCGAGAGUCCUCCCAGUGGACUACCUUCCUGCCCAUGAGGGCUACUUACCCUCCAACAUAGAUUAUCUCCCUUCACAUGAGCCUCCCAUAACUGACCCUCGGGAAGAACUGCCUCAGCACAUCUCUCUUUCCAUUUUCCCCUCGAGUUCCCUUCACCCACUCACCUUCUCCUGUGGUGAGAAGUUGACUCUGGAUCAGUUAAAGAUGGGGUGUGGCUCCCUCAUGCUCUGAGUGGCAAAGCUUGAAGUUCGGAAAGUCGAUGUGCCUCCAAGUGGCACAGCGUGCCCCAUCUCCCCAGCCACCUGCUCCAGUGGUCGUUACAUCUGGGUGCUACCAUCAGGUCUGGUUGCAGCUAGAGGGCAGGCAAGCCAACUCAGGGUGAAACUCAUCUCAAGAUACCUCAUCUUGCCUUCUGCAGAGCCUUAGGGAUCACAUCCUCUGCUGUGUGGACCUAGAGACUCCAAUCUGGGUUCCUGCAACUUUCUUGGCUAUGUUGGCCAGAAAGGAGAAAGGCAAGAGUGGAAACCAAAACUCUUACUAGCCUAGCAAUGGCAGACAGUCCAGAGGACCAUUCAUUCAACAACUAUUUACUGUUGACCCUGAAUAAUAUGUGUUUGAGCUGCAUGGGUCCACCUACAUGCAGAUUUUUUAAAAUAAUACAUUCUACAGUACUACAUGAUCCAUUGCUGGAUGAGCCCAUGGAUGCAGAACCACAGAUGAGGAAGGCCAGCUAAAAGUUAUAUGCAGAUUCUCAACUGCACAGGGGAGUCGGCACCCCAACCCCCACAUUGUUUAAGGGUCAACUUAUAAAGCAGCUACUACAAACCAGGUCUUAUGUCUUCUAUCUCAGGCCUGAGAUAGAAAUGUUCUAUGUAUAGCUGCCCUGUUUGAUCCAACAGAUACUAACCACAAUAGCCAUUGAUUACUUAGGGAUGUAUCUCUAGUAUGACUGAGGAAUUGACUUUUUAUUGUAAUUAAAAUAGUCACAUAUGACACUUGGCCACUGUAUUGGAGAGCACAACUCUAAAUGAUGGACAUAUUAGUGAGAAUUACUGGGUACCUUCAAAACAGAUCGACCUAGUUUUACAUAUGCAGGCAUAAAAAACCCCAGUGAAUACCAAUAUAAAAGGGCUCCCAAGAUGGUCAUGGUUGUCCUUAUUUGUAGAAGCCUAAGAAUGUACCUUUUCUUUAGUUUUGCUCGUUUGUUUUCUUUUGCCUUCACCCUUUUUCAGUGAAAGCAGCUUGAUGGUACUGUUUAGCUACUGCUAAACCCACUGUAGGACCCUGGGCAAGCAGCCUACCCUCUCUGAAAUCCAGUCUUGUAAAAGAGUGGGCCAAAGCUUCUCUGACCCCUUGUGUUUCCUCUUCUUUUUGCUGCAGCUGAUACUGCCUUUAGGACCAGGGCUUCCUCAGGGUCUAAGACCAAACUGCCAAGAUUGCACUCAUAAGUCGUCCCUUCUGAAGGCAUCCUGCUUUCCUUCCUCAGGAAAACUCUUGAGCUGGUCCUCAGUUCAAGUUGAGCAUGGAAGAUAAUUCUCUUUUCCCCAGCAUGAACUUGGAAAACUUUAAAGAUGUGGCCUCUGGCUUAUCAUCCUCCCUUCACCCAUCACUGCCUCUAUCCCUUAACUAUAGGCACUUCUGCUAAGCUGAUAGAGAAGAAUCUUAGUCUAAAUGCUAAUAGUACUCUUUGCAAAUGAAUGGGAUGAAAGGUCCAGGAACCUUUUUCUUAAAUCCCUGUCAAGGCUGGGUCCUACACCCUACCACCAUCCCACCCAAACACUGGAGCUGAGGCAGCUUUGGUUUACCAGAUGUCCCUCAGAGCUCUAGAAAUUGAAAUGAGCAUUUGCUCUGUUUGUUCAUGUUUAACACUUCAUCUAUGCCUCCUGCUAUUCCAGACUAACACAUUUAGUUCUUCCAAGCUUUAUUUGAAAAGCUUAAGCUUCUUCCUUACAUCUCCAUUCUACCCUAUUUAGCUGCUGUGUAGCACCCCCAUACCAUGGUUCCCUGCAUCUCAGCAGCUUCAGUACUGGCUUGUCUGCACCCAGGAUGUGGAGCCCCUUGACUGUUUGCAAUGGGUCGUGACAAAGCUGCCACCUCAGAAGCAGGCCAACCUAUCACCUCUUGACAAUAAGAGCCAACUUUUCUUUCUUGCAAUACCUGCUUUUCCUAUAUACUUUCCUUUUGAUUACCUGAUAGCCAUCUUAGUCACUCUUCCCCUACCCCAGGGGUCCCCAACCCCCAGGCCAUGGACCGGUACCGGCCCAUGGCCUCUUAGGAACCGGGUCGCACAGCAGGAGGUGAGCAGCGAGCGAAGCUUCAUCUGUAUUUACAGCCGCUCCCCAUCGCUGGCAUUACCGCCUGACCUCCGCCUCCUGUCAGAUCAGUGGAAUCAUUAGAUUCUCAAAGGAGCGCAAACCCUACUGUGAACUGCACAUGCGAGGGAUCUAGGUUGCGUGCUCCUUAUGAGAAUUUAAUGCCUGAUGAUCUGAGGUGGAGCUGAGGCAGUGAUGCUAGCUCUGGGGAGUGUCUGCAAAUACAGAUUAUCAUUAGCAGAGGGUUUGACUGCACAGAGACCAUAAUAAACCAAUUGCUUGCAGACUCGUCAAAACCACAUCAGUGAGCGGCAAGUGAAAACAAGCUCAGUGCUCCCACUGAUUCUGCAUUAUGGUGAGCUGUACAAUUAUUUCAUUAUUUAUUACAGUGUAAUAAUAAUAGAAGUGCACAAUAAAUGUAAUGUGCUUGAAUCAUCCCGAAACCAUCCCCCC